AUGCCAGUCCUCCAAUCCUCAGCGAUCGCAGGUGCCUGUGCAGGUCUGGUGUCCAGCAUCGUCACGUGCCCGUUGGAUGUGGUCAAGACUCGUCUACAGGCUCAAGGUGCUCUCCCCACACCCGGUUCGUCUCCAAGCUCGAGCACUGGCGCGGGACAGCCUUCAAUUCCCAAGAACCCUGGACGGGUCGCAACCCAUGGCGUUCAUCCGAGGAGCGCUAAUGCCGGCGCUUCCAAAGCAAAGUCGGAGCUCGAUCUCGCGGCAUCUAGAAAUUCCGAUGGUGCUGGCAGCAGUGCGGCAACCCGAACCGGUGGCCCUCAUGCUGCCGCACAGACACACCCUCUGAAGCUCAGCGAGCUUCGACUCCAGGUAGAGGAGAGGAACAAGUCUGAAUUGGAGAGGCAGAGAGCAGCGGAAAGGAGGUACAGAGGACUGUCCGGUGAGUUGAGCGCCUGUUUGAAGCUAUGACUGCCGCUACAGCAGUGCCCAAAAAACGGCAGACAGAGGUGGGAUGCCAAGAGUAAAGCUAGCACUCAGGGUCAGAGACUGGCGAUGGCAGCGAUGCUCCAGAUUAUUGGCUGCCUCCAUGUUCUCGCGCCGGCAGAGGGCUAUUAGUCCACUCUCCUCCCUCGCGCCGUUUUGGCUGCUCUCAUGAUACUGACAAUAGUUGCAAUGCCUAUCAACCGGUAGCGACCGUUCGGAGGAUAUGGCAGACGGACGGAUUGCGAGGCUUCUACAGAGGUCUUGGGCCCACCAUAUUCGGAUAUUUGCCCACUUGGGCGAUCUACUUCACCGUGUAUGAUGGCUGCAAAGACUUUCUGAGUCGUCGCAAGCAAGGAGGUGCGUGGUUGAAGUGGUCUUACGCGAGGUUCGCGCAUCGAGAAGGCCCGCACUGCUGACGCAUCUUUCUCUUGUUCGGGCUCAGAGCACGAGGACGACUUUCUCAACCACAUUCUCAGUGCGAUGACGGCGGGCGCUGCCUCUACUUGCGCCACAUCCCCUCUUUGGGUCGUCAAGACUCGCUUCAUGCUUCAGUCAUCCUCUUCCACAGAUGGCGUGAGGCGAUAUAGACAUACAGGCGAUGCCUUCGUACAAAUUUGGAAGACCGAAGGGAUCAGGGGCUUCUAUGCUGGACUGUUGCCCAGCCUGUUCGGGGUCAGUCAUGUCGCAGUACAAUUUCCGCUCUAUGAGAGCUUCAAGGCGUGGAGUCGUGAGUAAGACGUCGGAACGGGCUCUCUAGCUCGAACAAGUGCAUUCCAGCAUGCUGAAUGUAGACCCACACAUACACUCAGGGAAUCAUUGGCAAACGGACGAGCUCCAACCGAGCAUCAUCUUGACGUGCUCGAGUGGAGCCAAGAUGAUCGCUAGCGUCCUGACCUACCCGCACGAGGUCUUGAGAACACGUCUACAGAUGCAGCCUAGAGUGGCAGCGGCAGCCGCUGCCGCCGCUGCAGCCGGCGAAGGCAAUCACGCAGCGCCGAGUCAUCUUUCACUAUCGCAAGUGCAGCAAAGCGCUGCAGCUGCAAAUGCAGGUGGGGCCCGGCGAACCUUGUCUACGCUAAUUUCUGCUCCUAGAGGAAGGUCUGGGGGAACCGCUGCCACAUCUGCGCAUUUAGGCAACGCGCGGCGCAUCUCCAAUAUGGGCAACAGAGGUCAUGGAGGAAAGUACAAGGGAGUCUUGCACGCUUGCGCAAUCAUUGCUAAGGAGGAAGGUGUUAGAGGAUUCUACAGAGGCAUGGGUGUGAACUUGGUGCGGACCGUGCCCAGCUCUGCUCUGACCAUCUUGACGUAAGUGCUCACAAGUACGACGUCGCCAGUCGUUGCUGUGCAGCCGCUGAUCCACUUCUCUCUUUGCGUGCGUCUUUUUCCAGUUACGAGGUCAUGAUGCAGCACCUCACCGCUAGCCCUGAUGGUGACGAUCACUACGAAGGUGAAGACGGGCAGCCCGACGCGGUAUCGGACGACCAGUCGCGAUCGUAG